ACCUGCGGUCUGCUGAGUGCUGACCCCAAUCCCUCUGCUGGGCUCGUUCCAGACUUCCAGCUGCCGCGACCGCCCACACCGCGCCUACGCCGUCCAGCGGAGUCCUCCCCAUCCCAUCAUGCCUACCUCUGAGAGCGCCGUGCCUUCCUGCUCUGUACCUCGCCGCUCUGCGCGGGCGCUUGCCCGCCGCCAGCUGCCGGACGAAACGCCGUCCCCGGCCUCCGUCGCUCCUCCGGCCACCGCCGCCGGUCCCUCUUCCCUGCCUUCGCGGCGCCGUCGUGGGGCUGUGCCGUCCCAGCGUUCCGUCAGCGUAAGAAAGAUGGACGACUUCCAACCAUUGGUGGCGGUCCCUGAUGACAAGGAUGUUAAUCAGCUAGAUGAGGCAGGAGAGUGGAAGAAAGAAAGUAAGGAGGUUGGGGAGGCAGAGGGACUGGAUGAGGAAGAUGAAAAUGUAGCGGCGUUGAAGGAGGCGCCUUUCUGGUUUCCUGAUGGUUGGAUCAUAAAUGUCCACCAUGGUGACGGUGGCUCCACACACCGGUACUACACUUCCCCAGUGUCAGAAUACACAUUCUCAACCAAUAUGGAGGCACUGCAUUAUCUGUUCUCAGAGAUGGACGAGUUUGUGUUGGAGUCGCAGGCUUGCGCUGUUGACAACAAGCUUCUGGGAAUGUAUAGAUGGCUUCCAGAUGGUUGGGUGAUUGAAGUCCGAGCUGGGGGGAAGGUGAUGGACAAAAUGUACAAGUUUUAUGUUCAUCUGCCUACUGGAACGCGAUUUUUCUCAAAAGAAGAUGUACUGCGCUACGUUAAUGAGGGGGAGAUUUCUAGACGUAAUGUUAAUGAGCUAUGUUGCACCAGCUCUGAAGAGAAUAUACUUGCACAGGUGGAGUUCAAUCCAGAUGGGCUGCCAAAUGGGUGGGUGAAAGAAGUGAUAUUUCGGAAGUGCAAUGAUGGAAUUAGAAAAGAUCCGUAUUAUACUGAUCCUAUCAGUCAUCUUGUAUUCCGUACACUCAAGUCUGUAACAAACUACCUUGAAACUGGAGAAAUAUCUAAACAUGCCUAUAUUCCAAGGAGAAGUGUCAUGGACAUGUACUCUUUCGACCACUAUACAGAUUUGCCUCAAAGGUUUCUGAAGAGAUUGCAAGUACAAGGAAAAGCAAAGCGAAAAUCCACAAAUCCGUUGGUCUUUGAAAAGGAAUUACCUGAUGUCCAGACGUCAAAUCUCUCUCAAGGUGACACCUUUGCUAGCUUAAAUCCUCUGUCUGGACCAAAAGGAAAGUUUGAAACUGUGAUGCCUACAGGCAAAGAACUGAUCGGUUCACAGACGGUUAAAAGACCAAGAGGGAGGCCACCGAAAAUUUCUAAGCCAAUUAACGAAACAACUUCAGAUUGCCCGAACAGUUCACAUCAGGACAGAACUCAUAUUAUGGUCAAAAGGGAAUUGGGUACUAAAAGUGGAGAACAAAUGUUGAAGGAAAACACACUGGAGUAUAAUGAGAUAGAGAUGCACGCUGUGGUUACCGAGGAAGUGGACAAGAAGAGCGACCUUGCGGGGUGUAUUUCGUUAAGGAGGGAAAAGCCGGGUCUGGUCACUUACCGUGAUCUGUAUGAGCAAGACAAUGUCAAUUCAGCUAAAGCUAGUGGAAAGUCAGCAUCCUCUUCGGUUCAUAAAUUUUACAUGAGGAGAAAUAGUAACCGGACGAUGAUCUUAAAACAAGAAUGAAGAUCACCUGUGAGAAAUCGUACGUAGUACUGAGUACAAGUAGCGAAUAUUUCUUCUCAAAUGGGUUGCCAAAAUGUGAUGUUUGAAACUGAUUCGGUAGUGCUGAAGCAAGCUGUCAGUUCUGAAGAUCAUGAUCUAUCCUCUUUGGGAGCCAUCUUUAGGGAAAUUAAAUUUCAUCUACAGCUUGGUUUCAAUAAUGUAAAAGUUGUUAAUCGCUGAAGGGCUUGUAAUGGUGUUUAGCUGCACGGUGUACUUAUGGAAGUUGACCACUGUGAAACGUGGUUUGGUGAAUUCCUUGAUUUUGUAAAAGACUCUGUAGCUGGCGAUAUGUCCAGGCUCUUAUCGUAAUGGAAUGCGGAUCUGUUCCUUAAAGAAAAAAGACGUAGUACUGAA